AUGGCUCCCAUCACUGAAGAGGCCGUCUCCGGUCUGAAGAACACCAUCCACCAGCUGGAGGCGAAGGUGUCCGAGCUUGAGAGCCGUCUCGCCAAUGGCGGCAAGCCCAAGUCUGCCGCUGAGCAGAUGCGCAUCAUCCUAAUGGGCCCUCCUGGUGCAGGAAAGGGUACUCAAGCCCCGAACCUUAAGGAAAAGUACUGCGCGUGCCACCUGGCCACCGGAGACAUGCUGCGGUCCCAGGUUGCCAAGAAGACUGAUCUUGGAAAGGAAGCCAAGAAGAUCAUGGAUCAGGGUGGUCUCGUCAGCGACGAGAUCAUGGUCAACAUGAUCAAGAGCGAACUAGACAACAACGCAGAGUGCAAGAACGGUUUCAUUCUGGAUGGUUUCCCCCGCACGGUUGCGCAGGCCGAGCGUCUCGAUGACAUGCUCAGCUCCCGUGAGCAGAAGCUUCAGCACGCCAUUGAGCUGCAGAUUGAUGACUCUCUACUGGUGGCUCGUAUCACCGGCCGCCUGGUCCACCCUGCCUCCGGCCGCUCGUACCACAAGAUCUUCAACCCGCCCAAGGCUGACAUGAAGGACGACAUCUCCGGAGAGCCGCUGAUCCAGCGUUCCGAUGACAAUGCCGAUACCCUCACCAAGCGUCUGGCCACUUACCACGCGCAGACCACCCCCGUUGUCGACUACUACAAGAACACCGGUAUCUGGCGCGGCAUUGAUGCCAGCCAGGAGCCUGGCCAGGUCUGGAAGAGCAUUCUUGGAGUCUUCCGCCAGUAA